GUCACUGUGUUUUGGUUCCCCCUGUGUCUGGACCUCACGUGAACAUCAGUUCCCUUCUUCUUUGUAAUUUCCUCUCCCACCUUUUCAACAUGCAUCACACACACGAGCUGGAGCUUUUUCCUGAUCGCACAGUGACUCAGGUACUUUUUAAAGAGGUGAAAAACGCCGCGGAGCUCAGACAAAGUGCAGUGGACGGUCAAAUAAACGCGGCUCUGAUCAAGCCCACGAUGCUGGUGGAUCCUCUCCAGGUGCUGGUCGCUGCCAACAAAGCUGUUCACCUGCAGAACACUGGGAAAAUGAAGACAAGGAGUCUGAACUCAGAGAUGAUCUUCAACCUGUCACCUACUAAUAAUAUCUCAGAUGCCUUUAGGAGAUUUGGGAUCUCAGAUGGCGAUGACUCUGUGAUGGUGGUCGUCGUUCACGACAAAAACGAGUCGCAGCUUGUGGAGGACAUCGCGGCCAAGGUGGACGGACGACAGAUUCCAGUGGAAGACGUUUCCUCACUGUCGGACUCUGCAAAGAUCAGAAAGUUAUAUAAAGUUACUUCUCAGGAGGAGACGUGUGGGACUCUACUGGAUGCAGUCAUCUGCAGAAUGGCCACGAAGGACGUCAUGUAGCUACAAGAAAGAAGAGCAGGACACUUUUCUUACUGAAACACUUGUUGCAUGUUAAGAUUUCAGCUGUGGAAAAGAUUUCUCCCAGCUGAGCUAAAUAUAUCUUAUUUUUCUUAAGAGUC